AUGGAUACACUAGGACAGCAACACUCCCCCUUAAGAAUUCAACAAUACAGCAUCAGUACUAAGUAUGAAUGAGAAGAUAUUGUGAUCAACAAGAACACAUUAAUAUCACCCACUGCAGUUAACUUUGAAUACAACAACCAAGAAUCUAACACCUUAUCUAUUGGACCCAUUUCUGAAGUUGCUCCUGGACAACUUGUACUUGUGAAAGGCCACAUGGAACACCUGUCAGCUACCAAAACGGUAGUUUUGCAGUCAAACCCAGUGAAAAAGCAGGAAGCCUUUAUUAAUGACCAAUUUGGAUAUGUAAAACUUGUGUUGUGGGGAAACCACAACGACACAUUGACUGAGGGGUCCACAUACCUGCUUGACAUAGUUUGA